AAAAAGGUCUUUAUUUGACAUUUUACUGAAAAGUUGAUUUUUUGACUCUUGUUUUUAACCCUCGAUUUUCGCGUUUGCAGAUAUUUCAGCGAAAUCAUGAUAUUUUGUUUUGUGGUAGGUACCGAUCUUGAUAGCGUCUUUAGAGUUGGCGGCCAGAUAAAAAUGACUGUUGCGGAGCUCAAAGAUAUGAUCUAUGAGAAGAAUAAGAACGAUUUCAAAGACAAAAAAUUUGAUGCCAACAAGUUGAACCUAUGGUUGGUGGAUAUUCCUUACGAUACAGAGAACGUUCAACUGAGAACACUUCAAAACAGAUCCCGUGAUAUGGAUGAAGAAAAUAUUAUACAAGAACUCGGAGGUGAAAAGUUGUCUCCAGUUGAUGAUAUUGGCGACAUCUUUAGGUAUGACUCCAAGAACAUCCGUAUCAUCGUACAACCGCCACCUCCCGCCACUACUGUGCCUUCCACACGAACGAUCUCCUUAGCUCAAAUAGAAAAAGAAGUUCAAGAUCUAUUUAAAAUUCAUUCUCAGGACCUAGAAAAGGUUGUGACAAACAAAUAUGAUCCUUAUAAGUAUUUCGAAGCCCCGUAUGAUCAUCCUUACAAAAGCGAAAUUGAUAAGAAAAAAAUUCCAAUGCUCGGUGGUAAUCCUAACUUGCUUUUGUAUAAUCUCCCUAGAAAGAAUAAAGAUUACCUCACUAAUUGUGUACUUUUAGAAUUAGACUUGUAGCGUAAUAUUGUAUCUAGUAGCAUGACAAUUGUUAUGGGGACUUCUGGUUGUGGCAAAACUCGCCUAUGUUUGGAACUUUUAUGUCGCAACUAUGGCCUGUAUUUUGUUGCUGUACCAUUAAGUUUUGGAGCCAAA